GCCUCGGUUCCCUCCCAGCUGAGCGCCCGGGGCCUCGCAUGCUGAGCGUGACGGGUGUGCUCGGUAUGCGAGGUGUUGCUUCAUAAAGCACCUGAAGAGUCCCACCUUUCGGUGCCAGUCGUCACAUGAAGGACACCAGGAGUCACACGAUGCAGCUGACGCUCGGCGCCGCGCUGCUGCUGCUUUUAACAGCAGGAAGCAACGCACAGUUAGAUGUUUGCGGCGUCGCGCCGCGCAACGACCGGAUCGUCGGCGGCGUGAACGCGCCCGCCGGCGCGUGGCCGUGGCAGGCCAGUCUGCACCUGAACGGACGCCACUUCUGUGGAGGCUCCCUGAUCAACAACCAGUGGGUCCUGACCGCUGCUCACUGCUUCACCAGCACCAGCACCUUCCGGCUCGUCGUGUACCUCGGGCGGGACAACCAGGACCUGUUCAACUUCAACGAGGAGGCCCGCAGCGUGUCGCAGAUCAUCCGACAUUCGGGCUACAACUCCAACACGAACAACAACGACAUCGCGCUGCUGCAGCUGUCCGCUCCGCUCAACUUCACCGACUACAUCAGACCGGUGUGUCUGGCGGCCAACGACAGCGUGUUCGAGGCCGGGACUUCCUGCUUCGUCACCGGAUGGGGAACCAUCGGCGAGGACGUUGCUCUCCCGUUCCCACAGACCCUGCAGGAGGUUCGUGUCCCCGUCGUCUCCAACACUCAAUGUCUCAACACGUACUCGACUCUCACCGACAACAUGAUCUGUGCCGGUCUGGACGAGGGACAGAAGGACUCCUGCCAGGGGGACUCCGGCGGCCCGAUGGUGAGUAAAAACAGCUCCUUGUGGGUCCAGGCCGGCGUGGUGAGCUUCGGGAUCGGAUGUGCGAGGCCCGACAUCCCGGGAGUCUACACCCGGGUGUCCCAGUACCAGAGCUGGAUCACAGACCGGGUCUCCGGCAACCCGCCGGGCUUCGUGACCUUCGAGGGUGACGGGUCCACGUCUGGGGGGGUCCCCCUGUCGGCCCCCCUGCUGUUGGCCCUCCUCCCCGUCCUCCUGGCCCUCUUCGUGCUCUCGUAGGCACGGCUCACUAACAGUUAUAUAUAUAUAUAUAUAUAUAUAUAUAUAUCAUAUCCAGAAAGAGAUUAAAAAGACUUGAUUAUUUCCUCUAAUAGUUGAAAAAUUAUUUUGUCUUUUAAAAUGGACAAAAAACAGAUAAAUCCGUCCUAAAAAUAUAUUUUUUCAGUUCUGUUGCCCAAUAACAAAGACUAUAGAAGUGUGUGUGUGUGUAUAUAUAUUAUAAAUUAUAAUAUAAAUUAUGUACUACCGGAAGAUGUAUAUAUAUAUUUGAUAACGAUUGUUGAGCAGAUUGGGCAAAUUUUGUUUGUUAAAUUGAUUUUCUUUUUCCGAUGAAAACAAGGAAACAAUUAACAAAAAUUACUUAAAUCCAUUAUUAAUAUAUUAUUCAGUUAUUUACUAAUAAAUAUCAACUUUUGUCAAAUUGUUGCAAAAAUAAGUCAAAGUGUAAAACAGGUGGAAAAUGUUUUUGUGUAAACUUUAAACCAGUUUGUUAAUAAGGUUAAAUUAAAGACUCUUUAAUGGGAAAGUUAAAUAAUUAACAUUUAAAAUAAAAUCUGUUAAUGAACUGACAAAUUCAAAAGAACUAUUACAAAUAAUUCAUGUAGUUUAUUAUAAUAUAAUAGUGCAUUCAUCAUUAUUAUUAUUGCAUUGAAAUUAAAAGUAAAAGAGUAAAUUAAAAGAUUGAUAUAUAAAUAAAUAGUUUUGCAAUAAUGAUUAAGAUUUAAAAUUGGAAAAUAAAAUCCUAAAAGUUUAAGGAAUUUAACUAAUUUAACAAAUGUCCAAAUAUUUAUGUCUUCCUUUUUAAAAAAUGUUUACAUGUGAAGUUCAAUCUUUAACAUAAAAUGUUUACAAAUAAAUAAAUAAAAGGUUUGGUGAAAGUUUUAAUCAAAUGGUUAUAAUUAAAGAGUCAAUUAAAUAAUGAAUACUCCAGACUCAUAUUUAAAUUUAAAUGAGAAAAAACUUUAAAUGUUGUUUUAUUUGUUUCUGGGCACAAACAUUGAACAUUACAGAACUUCUGUGAAGAAGAGCGACGAUGAAGACGAGCGUAUUCGGGUUUUUAUUGAUUUUCUAAUCUGUGAAUUAUUGAUUAUUAAUGCGGUGAUUUAAUUUUGCACUGAGCGGUUGUUGUGAUUCCUUUCAUGCAUGAAGUACAUGAAGUAAUAUGUGUAUAAGUAUGAGCAGUAUUUUACCUUUAGUGCAGUUCAAUGUGACGCAAUAACAACUGAAAUAUGUCACAAAUACUUUAAAUACAUUUAAACAAGUACAACGUUUUUAUCCGUUUGUCUGUUUGAUGUUGAAUAAAAUAUAUUUCGUCUUAA